AUGAGUCUAUUAAAAAUUCCCUUCAUUGUAGCUUCGGCCACUGGCACGCAUAUCUCGAUGACUUCUUCAACUCUGCCCCCUUCAUCUCAAGAAAGGGUGGUGCCCUCGGCAUCCGAAUCAUUGAUUCAAAAUGUAAUUCUAGGUCUUCGGAUUCCAGGCUUGGUCAAGAUUAUCAUAUGGACGAUAUCAUUUGUUGAAGUGGCCAACAUACUGGUCAUGCAUAUCGAUCCCUCGCAAAUUCCAGAGGGCAUCUAUGGCGCUAACACUGUGCGCUUUUUGCGCACACUUCACCCCGCACCAAUCACUCCCGUUUUCCUCGCUGCCAGUCUUUCUGUAACGCUAGGCGGUAUGCUUAGGCGUUAUUGCAUGUCGACCUUGGGAAAGUUCUGGAGCUUCCAUCUCAGCGUCAGAAAAGAGCACAGGAUCGUGACAAGUGGGCCGUACUCUAUCGUCCGCCACCCAAGUUACACUGGUUUGUUCAUUCAACAUAUUGCGUUUUGGAUCAUGCACGGGAGCGAAGGGUCGUGGAUAAGGCAGUCUGGCAUUCUAGAACUGCCUUACAUUCGAGGAUUAGCAGUGAUUAUGUUCUUCGUGACUACAGCGGGCGCUUUGACUAUGUUCAAACGAUGUUCAGUGGAGGACAAGAUGCUGCAGCGUGCUCUGGGAGAGGAUUGGGAGAAUUGGGCGAAGAAAGUGAAAUAUAGAUUACUUCCUGGGGUUUAUUGA